AUGACCUCAGGAUGCCCGAUGAGAUCGCCCACAAUCAAGGAAAACGUCCGAAAAUGCAUCGCUCGAGGCGAAUUCGAAGAGAUCCGCGGAGCCGCCUUCUUCAAUCGAGCUUGGAUUAUCACCGAGCGGUUCUGCAAGGACGGAGACGGGGUUGAUUCCGUUGUAGGCUACGUCCAUGACAUCUGGUACUCAUACUACCAGCUGAGCCGACACACAUCUCAUGAAAAGGCCGACCACAAUAGCCUGGUUCUGGACAUUCUCCGUAUCCAGGGUCAAGGACCCUUGACCAGACCCGUGAAAGGGAACUACGGAAUUGAUAUCGCGCGCACUGUUGAAGGCACCCUGUGGAACGACCUGCCGUUCCUGGUGACUGAUAUGACCGAGUUAUGGCUUAGCGAUGCUGUAUCGAUGUCGGGUACACACCGCAUCAACUUUGCUUACUUCCUGGCUAAGUUGGCAUCAACUCGUGUGAACAAGGAUAGACUCUGCCAGCUUGCCCUUAUCUUGUUCCGUUACACAUUCGAGAAUAAUCAAGAAGUUUACCCCUUCGAUGAACCGGAUAAUGAGAACCGCGACAGAAGUCUGCGCGACCUCCAAGUCCAGCAUCUUAUGCCAUCUGUCUUCGCGUGGAUCAAAGAAGCAGGAAAAAAUCUACUUCUUCUGUCCGAGGUCUCGUGGAACGAUUGCCCCAGCACGAUUGGCCAAGGCGGGCCGUUGUUCACUGAGUCUGAGUUUGGCAAGCAAGCCUCAAAUGGCUUCAGUCCGUGGAGAUGGAUUUUCUGGUUGAAGCGACUCCACGAGUUCAAAGAUCAGGCGAAGAAUGUCGGCGAGAAAUGCAUGGAGGAGCUUUGCGAGGAGACCAUUCGUAACAUGCUGUCGGAGACGAAGACUCGAAACUCGGAAAUCCUGCGGGCUUAUGUUUCUGGUGGAGAAAGGUUGCAGCAAGAAAAGGACAUGAUAUGUCUUCAGAAGAUUGUGGAUGGAGAGGAUUCUGACGAGGGCGAAUUUUUUGAGGAUGAUGACGAGAACGACAAUGAUAGCUGA